AUGAGCGACGCGGAAAUCAAGGAAGCGGCGAAACCGUUGAGCCCAUUCCAGCAACGGGUUCUCCUUGAGGCGGCCACUGAACCUGCCUUCACAGGCAAAACAACCAACGGCUAUGCAUGGGACAACAAAGAGCAGGGAGUCUACGUGUCACCCAUCAGUGGUGAGCCACUAUUCUCCUCCAAGGCCAAAUACAACAGUGGCACUGGCUGGCCCAGUUUCUGGGCGCCGGUGAGUAGCGAGACAGUGCUGGAGCGGACGGAUCCCAACGACAUGGAGUCCUUGCCGCAGAUCUUCUGGCGUACCGAGGUCCUGGACCGUGCUUCAAUGACCCACCUGGGUCACGUCUUUAAUGAUGGACCUGAGCCCACAGGCAAGCGCUACUGCAUCAACGCAGCAGCUUUGAAGUUUGUGCCGGGGGAAGCCCCGGCGGGUGACCCAAAACAAGCGUCCAAACGGACCUUGUCCCUCUUCGGCUGA